AGUGGAGGUGUGUUCACCUUUGGGGCAGGUUCCUUUGGGCAACUCGGCCAUGACUGCUUGAAUGAUGAAGUAAACCCCAGAAGGGUUCUGGAGCUAAUGGGCAGUGAGGUGUCCCAAAUCGCUUGUGGUAGGCAGCACACGCUAGCCUUUGUGCCUUCCUCAGGAAUUAUCUAUGCAUUUGGCUGUGGAACCAGAGGCCAGCUAGGAACUGGGCAUACCUGCAGUCUUAAAUGUCCUUGCCCAGUAAAGGGUCACUGGGCAGCCGACAACGAGCAACACUUGGGUGCAAUAGAUCCUUGUAAAUAUUACAUUGUUAAACGUAUCUUUUCUGGAGGAGACCAGUCAUUUGUUCUUUGCUCUGAAAGUGAGAAUUCUGUGCCUGCUGAUGAUUUCCGAGCCAUAAAUCAAAGUGACUACACCUGUUCAAUUAAUGAUGAAACGAUUGACGUGUGGAGACACAAGCUGGCGGAAAGGAACAACCCCAAUUCAGUAAA